AUGAGUGCCCAAGCUACCGAAAGCACUCCGGCGGCUCCUACCUCAUCGAACUAUGGAGCUAUGGGACCUGCAAAUGUGAUGAUGAAUGGAACUACUCCAGCAGCCCCUGCCCAGGAUGAUGGUUUGAGUCGCAACAAUGGUGGAGUUGAGAAUCCGAAUGUAUACGAUCCUGCACCACCCACUCAGCUGCCAUCGGAGUCGAAUGCAACGACCUCUACAGAGCUUUUACCGGACGCGCGUGAGACAAUGGUGACACCACAGCGAGUGGUGGAUGGGAAGGUUCACAGAGUUCAUGCGUACGGCGGCUACAAGGACAAUGGAUAUCUCAGCUCCGCCGAGAUCGUGGACAACAGAGAUUGCGAGAAAUAUCAUUCUUCCAGAUUACAAGCUGAAGUCCAGAAGCAACUUGAGGAGUACACCCUGAAGUACAAGGAGGAAAUGAAGGCACUAUAUGGAGAAGAGCUCAACCUCAUCGUCAGGUACUUGAUGGAGGGUUACCUAGUGAACUUCCACCUCAGCAAGAAGGCCCGAGAGUACCUCCAAGUGAUCCUUUUCUCCUUCCAGGAAAUCCCGGCAGUUCUCAAGGGAAUCUUCACCUUCAGCAGGAGUUUUCUAGAGUUGGGAGAGAUGAACCAGCCCUUAGUCAAGGAAGUGUGCCCACUCCACGUGUACCUUCCCAACAGCUUCGGAAAGAAAAUCCAGAGCGUCGAAGUGAUCCUGAUACAGUCCAAGGAGGUUCAUGCAAUGUUCGAGGUAAUCCUCAGGUUCCGCAGGAGGGCCCCAGAGUACCUCCAGGUGAUCCUUUUCUACCUCAAGGAAAUCCCGGCAGUUCUCGAGGGAAUCUUCACCUUCAGCAGAGUGGUCCGUUAG